AUGCGACACCUUUUCGGCCAAGCCCUCAGCGGCUGGCGCGUGUCGGCCCUGACCUUUGUCUGCGCAAUAUGGACACUGAAUCUCAUCCUCUGGGUUCUCCUCGCCGUCACCCGGGCCCGCGGGUCAUCAGACUCACUCGUCUUCAACAUUUCGAAGAUCUUUGAGGGCGACUGCGACUCGGCGCGUGUGCGUUUGAUGGCCCUCAAAGCAUUCGUCAACGCUUUCUCCACCUUGAUUCUCAUUUCGUCAAACUACUUCAUGCAGAUGCUGGCCGCCCCGACGCGGGCGGAUAUCGACGUCGCGCACCGCCGCUCCCGGUGGAUGGACGUGGGAAUUCCCUCCAUGCGCAACCUGCGCUUCGUGUCGCCGUGGCGCGGCGUAUUAUGGAGUCUGUUUGCGUUGAGCUCCGUGCCGUUUCACCUGCUCUUCAACGCUUGCGUUUUCGGUUCGACUACAAGCACGGAGUGGGUGACGGCUGUUGCGUCGGAAGGGUUCCUCGAGGGUCGGGAGUACUACCUUCCCGGCAUCGGCCUGGGCCCUGACCCUGGGCCCGCUGACCAAGCGUACAGUGAUGUUGUCCCGGGCGAGGUGCAGUAUAUGGCCGCCAACGCGAAGUCCUGGGAGCGUCUCACUGGGAAGGAGUGUCUGGAGGCGUACAGCGUGUGGAUCAAUGUGCGCAGCAGGAGACACAUGGUGGCAGUGGUGGAAGCGGACAACAACGGCAAAGGAUGGACUACGGCAGAGAAGUCUCAGACAUGGGAGGCUGAUAUGCUGAACAACACGGUCUAUAGUCUAUGGUACGCCGGCUUCUAUGGCUUCCACUCUGGUAACAACAGAUUCACAGGCUCUGGCUUGGCCACGGGCAUGACCAUAAAAUGGGAGAACGACCACGGCCCAUACGAGAACGUUUCCGUCAUCUCGUCAAAGGGCCGAUUCUGGGGUCUUCUUGACCUCAAAACCGGCACGUGGAUGGAUGAGCUGCUCGAUAAAAAUGACAACUGGGUCAUCUCGUGGGACGCCGUGGGCGCGCCAGGCAACGUUCCACUACUCAACGAAACCCUGACGGUCAAGUACUGCCUCUCGGAGCCCAUCGUCGGUACCUGUAGGGUGCGCGUCAACAACGACCUGUUUCUGGCGGUUUGCAUCGUUGCGCUGUUCAAGAGCUGUCUCUGCGUCGUUGUGAUAGGCUACUUGUGGAAGAGAAAGCCGCUGGCUACUAUCGGGGAUGCUGUCGACUCCUUCAUCCGCCUGCCCGAUGCGACUACCAGAGGAAUGUGCACACUCGGGUGGCGGGACUUUUCGAGGAGGAGCCGCUGGAGACCCCGUAAGCGACCGGAGGAAUACGGCUGGCUCGCCGAGCCACGAAGGUGGGAGAAAAGGGAGCAGCGUUGGGGCGGCUCGGUCCAUCUCUCGGACUGGGUCAAGACAUAUACCAUUGGUGUUGUGGGUUUAAUACUGGGCUUCCUGGCGUUGAAUUCUUUUAUCAGCGAAGUUGGGGGAUGGAAGCGCGCCUACACAUGGGGAACUUUCGGGCAGGACCCCGAGAACCCCGUCUUCGCAAUGAAGUACCCCUCCAAAGCCCUCGAGAACUUCGUGGGGAGCUUGGCCAUAAACCCGAUCGGCUCAUCCCUCCUGUCCAACCUACCACAGCUUGGGCUAUCUAUCACCUGCCUCCUCCUGAACGUCAUCUACACUCGCAUGUUUAUGGCCAGGGAAUGGACGUCCUACAGCCUGAACCUCAAACCACUUCGCGUCAGCGCGCCAAAAGGCCAGCAGCAGUCUGAACCGUUCUUGGAGAUUCCCCUGCCGUAUGCUGUUGCCAUGCAAGCAGCGGGUCUACUGGUUCACUGGCUGUGUGCCAACUCCGUAUACGCCAUCAUAAUAGAACCACUCGAGGCCAUUCCACCAAAUCAGAUCGUGUCGAGCAGUUAUGGACAAGUCACCAUGUACAUCAACAUCCUCCUAUCAUUCAAAGCCGCGAUCGCGACCAUGGUCGUUCUCUUCGCCAUGCUGCUCGUCCCAGUCAUCGCCUCAAGAUUUCGUCUUGCAGGAGAAACAGUAACGGUUGGGAGCUGCUCGGCUGCUGUUUCGGCUGCCUGUCACGUUCUCCGGCCGAAUCGCGAGCUCUCUACAGUGACUACCCCCGAGCCGCUCUCGUCAUGGGGACUCUCAGAUUCUGAUUCAAUUUCCCUGAAUCAAGUUGUCCAAAAGAGCGGUCACGUUCAUGUAUCGGAAUGCGACGGUGGUGAUUGGCGAGACGACCUGGCUGAGAUACAGUGA